AUGCUUAGAUCUCAUGUGAUUGGAUCUCAUGUACUUGGAUCUCAUGUGCUUGGAUCUCAUAUGCUUGGAUCUCAUAUGCUUGGAUCUCAUGUGCUUGGAUCUCAUAUGCUUGGAUCUCAUAUGCUUGGAUCUCAUAUGCUUGGAUCUCAUAUGCUUGGAUCUCAUAUGCUUGGAUCUCAUAUGCUUGGAUCUCAUAUGCUUGGAUCUCAUAUGCUUAGAUCUCAUGUUCUUGGAUCUCAUGUUCUUGGAUCUCAUAUGCUUGAAUUUCAUAUGCUUGGAUCUCAUGUGCUUGGAUCUCAUAUGCUUGGAUCUCAUAUAUGGAAACAUCCAGUACUCAUGUGCUUGUAUCUCAUAUGUUUGGAUCUCUUGUGUUUGGAUCUCAUAUGCUUGGAUCUCAUAUUCUUGGAUCUCAUGUGCUUGGAUCUCAUAUGCUUGGAUCUCAUGUGA